AUGUGGCAGCAGCGACCAUUUCUCGGCUGGUUGCAGAGCACGAGGGCCAAAAAUGUACAGAGACCAGUCGUUAAAUGGGACCGGGUCACCACCGCGGGACAGGGAGUGACCAGCCAUAUAACAAAGUCCCCACGAAGCUGUGCACAUUGUGGCAUCAUGGAUCCUGACCUCAUAUUGCGACCAUGUGCCGCCUGUAAGCAGACAUUGUAUUGCUCCAAAGCAUGCCAAGCUAAUCACUGGACAAACCAUAAGGAACAAUGCAAUCAAUACUCUAAUGUAAAUGCUGCAAUGCCAAAAAGGAAACUAGAAGUAUGCAAGCCCACCUGUACUUCUUUUGUUGGGAAGCAGUGUCUUGUACAGUGUUACAUCCAAGGCCAGCUUGUUGAUGCAUUAUGGGAUACAGAAUCUCAAGUGUGUAUAGUGGAUGAGCUGUGGAAAAAUGAACACUUAGAAAAUUUCAGAUUGAGAAACGUUGCAGAGGUAGUUGAUGCGCCUGGAGGACUUGUGGCAGCGAAUGGACAGGACAUUCCCUUUACAGGAUGGAUAGAAGUAACUUUUGGUUUGGCAUCAAAUGAAUCAAAAACAAAAGAACUUGUCAUACCUGUGUUGGUAAUGAGGGGCAGACAGCUUGGUCAUCCUAUUAUCAGAUACAACGUGAUUGAGCAAAUGAUGAACAACAAGGAAUUAACUCAGCCAAUCACCACUGAAUCUUUAAAACCUGUUCUUCCUAGUGUGGAAAGAGAAAAAGUCCAAGCUUUUGUUGAGCGAGUUCAUGCAGAGACACCAUGUGAAUAUUUUGUCAAAACAACAAAAGGAAAUGUUCAUGUGCCCAAACACACAUCUGUUCAAAUUGAAUGCAGACGUUUGAUGUCCGUUUCGAGCCAGGAAGGAAAGUGCAAGCAAUCUGAGGUUAAUCUUCGAUACCAGGAGCGCUGCAGAACUCCAGCCAGCUAAGGACAUUUCAGCACAGACAUCUAAGAGAGUACAGCAUCGCUGUUUGUUUCUGUGGCUGAUUUGCCCAGUUUUCACGCAGAAUUUCACGUGUGCUCUUUGUACUAACCUGCUGUCCAUGAUGAAAUCACAGACGUGGUAGGAAUAGCAUCAGUUACACCAUUAGAUUUUAAGCUUUUUGAUACCACCUCUUACAUCAUGACUAUAUAUGUUUGGUGAACAUCCAAAUUCAGUUCUUCUGGGAACUCAUUCUUCAUUCUUUAAACUCAUUCUUCUGGGAAGCCAGCUAGCUAGAUGUUAAAAUUAUUUUCUGCACUGAAAUUUUUUUUUUAAAGAUGCAUUUUAAUGCAUUAGAUAUGCAAAAAUUAAGUCUGCGAAUAAUGUUGUCAAAUGAUCUCUUAGCACUAAAAUAUUUAUUUUACUCUACAGACACUUCCAAGUUACAAUUUUUUUACUUAUAAAGACAAUAUUUUAUUAUUAUUUAGUUUAGAGCUAUCACAAAUCCAACUGUGAAUCAACAUCUGUGUCAAGGUGCAGGAACAGGCUUUUGUUCUGAAUUAAAAAUAUUCAGAACAAAAUAUAUAUAUAUGAAAAAAUACAAUAUAUAAAUAGAAAUACGGUGUAAUAAAGAUAAUUGUAUAGGAACAGAUUUAUGAUAAAAAAAUUUUAUUGGUGCUACAGCGUACUCCUGCACCCUCUGGGCCUUAAUGAGCUAUGCAUUCUCGUCGUCCUCGUCGUUGUCCUCGUCGUCGUCCUCUACCACCACAGAGGGUUCGGGAGCUGGAGCAGCCUAACAUCAGGAAAAAAACAAUAAGACCUGAAAGAAUCUUUGAUUAGAUAACAUUAGACCUCGAGAGAAAUGAGAUCUCUGAGAAGAAGCGGACGUCCCAAAGUGUGUCAGGGAAAAAAAACAAGUUUUACUAUUGAUUCCAUUUCCUACAUCUUUUCUAAUAACACUCCUGCUGUAGAAUUCAGUACAUACUACUAACACCCAUCUCAGGAUCUCAGACACGCAUCAUGUAAUUAUUGUGAGUGUCUGUGCAGUUUCUUCCCUCACCUGUGAUGUGGACGCUGCGUUGGGAGCCUGACUCUGACUCUCAAUACUUUGCUGCAGAAUGAUUCGUAAAUGAGGCAUCAUGGCAUUCAUUUCAGCAAACACUGAACAAAACACAUCACACUCAAUGCCAUGAUUCAUCCUGUGGCACUAAAUAAAACUUUUAUGUAUUUAAAAAAAAAUUACAUUCAAACCAUUAUUGUUGCUGGAAAGGACGAUACAAUAAUAUUUUGCCUACACAGGUAUGAUGUAUUUUGAGUGCAGUUUUAGCUUCAGCUUUUUUUUUUUGUCCUACUAUAUUUAGUAAGUAGGUAAAUAAGUAGGUAGGUAAAUAAGUAGGUAGGAAGAUGUCAGCCAGUUUUCGUUAUGCUUUUGGCUUCUAGAAUAAAUAAAAAAAAUUAAAUAAAUAAAUAAAUACAGAUCA